AUGUCGCAGAAUCAUCAAGUUGGUCCUUAUGAGGAUGCCCUAGAGGUGACCCCGCAACAACACGCUUACACAUAUCCUGCGAAUGGGCCAUUGCCCAUCUACGCGACGUCCUCAUCAGAAGGAAUACAUCAACGAACACCGACGGAUGCAAAAGCUGUACAUGUUGCAACACAUGCAGCAAAGAAACGACUGUGGAUUCUCCCUUUAGUGGGACUAUCCAUAGCUGUCAUUGCUGGACUUAUCGGAGGAUUCAUUGGGGUAGCAAUACAUGAUGCACGGGAGCCUUCCACCGCCGCACUUUUGAAAGCCUCGCCGUCAUCAACUCCCUUAUCGUCAUCAAUUCUCUCAUCACCAUUCCCAUCAAACACAUCUAGCCCAACAACGACGGCGCCAUGUUCGAGCCAGCCUGCAGGUACCUUGGGUACGAUUGCAGCCGUAGACACGGGCUGCAAAUUCCGAGAAACAAAGGGUCGGAACAGAAUGUACAACGCGACAGCUUUCACUGGAACGUCCUUCACAACUAUAUGCAAUUCGGGCUGGAAAAAUUUUGCAAUUGUAGGGCUCUACACUCUUACUCCAUCUGAUUGUAUCGAGUCUUGCGUCCAAUACAACAAGUUCGCGGAUAAACGGCCCAAGUCUGAGCGCUUCUGCGUUGGUGCUGGCUUUAUUCCAGACUUCGUGAACCAGACAAUGGCUACCCUGGCGCGCAACGGCGCGUCCUUCAACUGCUUCCUGCAGAGUAACACGACUGGGAUAAUGCCAAAUGACGAAGAGCGUAAGGGUCUCGAGGUUGUUGCGCUGUGUCUUGGAUGGCAGUGUCCGGGGCCCUGA